AUGCGCCGAAUACGAAAACCCUUCGAAAACGAAUAUGACUACAUCAUUAUUGGUGCCGGAUCAGCAGGUUCAGUCUUGGCAAGCCGUUUAUCAGAAAUGCCUUGUGCCAAGAUUUUGCUACUGGAAGCAGGGAAAUCACCUCCGAUACUUUCUGAUGUCCCCUCUGCUGCAAGAAGUUUUAUUAGAAGUGAUAUAGACUGGAAUUAUCUAACAGUUCCUCAAAGGCAUACGGCAGCUGGGCACAAAAAUAGACAAGUUCCAUGGCCUAGUGGAAAAACCCUUGGUGGUAGUAGUACUUUGAAUGCUAUGCUGUACGUACGUGGUAAUCGUAAGAAUUAUGAUGAAUGGGCUAAACAAGGAGCUAUCGGAUGGAGUUACGACGAUGUCCUACCGUAUUUCAAAAAGCUCGAAAAUUAUACGGAGCCAAAACAUGUCAAUAAUGGAUUUCAUGGCACAUCUGGACCAGUUACAGCAAGUACCCCUAAAUUCAAUCCACCAGUGAAACUUGCGGCAAUGGAAGCAGCUACAAAUCUUGGAUAUGAAUUCGUUGAUUCUAACGGACCCCGUCAAACAGGUUUCUAUAAUUACCAAUCAAAUACAAGAAGAGGACAGAGGUGUGGUACAGCAAAAGCUUAUUUGGUCCCCAGUGAAAAUCGAACAAAUUUGGAUAUUCUGACAAACGCAAUGGUGAAAAAGGUAGUGAUUGAAAACAAACGGGCAACUAAGGUUAUAUUUGAUUUCGAGGGCUCCAGUCAUGAAGUUAGAGCUAAAAGAGAAAUUAUCCUUUCUGCUGGGACAACGAAUACUGCUCAACUCUUAAUGCUAUCAGGUAUUGGACCAAUGGCGGAACUAAGUAAAUUUGGUAUCCCAGUGAUUGCAGAUCUACCUGUGGGUCAUAACUUGCAAGACCAUUGCGCAACAUUUCUUGCGUACGAACUCAGUGAUCGUCAAAAAGGAUUCGAGAAGGAGAUAAAACUGGACGAAAACAUUCGAAAAUACAUUGAGAAGAGAGAGGGUCCUUUGACUACGUCAGAAGGGUUCAUGUUGAUGUCAUUUCUAAGCAAAAACAUGUCAAAGAUGCAAAACGAUAUUCCCGAUUUUUCUCUUUAUUUAGUUGAUUUUGUUCGAGAAGUUCCCCUCAAGCAAUUUGGAAUUUCGAUGGAUGUAAUGUUGAAGUAUUUUGGGUUUUACGCUUUCAAAACAACUAUUGUCUGUGCAUCUCAAAUCCUGCACCCUAGGAGUAGAGGGACUGUGACACUCAAUUCCACCAAUCCGUAUGAUCCCCCGCUGAUUGAUCCAAACUAUUACGCGGAUUAUCAAGACAUUGAUGAUGUGGUACAAGGGCUCAAAGUUUGCAAAAAACUGAUGGGAAAUUCUGCCAUGGAAAAAGUAGGCGCCAGAUUAUUUGCUUCAUUGCUACCUGGAUGUGAGAAAUUUGCUGAUGACGAAGAACUGUACCUUCGAUGUGUAGUAAGGACCUUAGUAAUAACAACGAAUCAUCAAGUAGGAACAGCUAAAAUGGGUGAUCCCAACGAUCCAACCACAGUAGUGGAUCCUCGACUUAAAGUGAAAACUAUUCGAGGUUUAAGAGUUGUUGAUGCUUCUGUCAUGCCAACUAUUCCUUGGGGAAAUACGAAUAUUCCAACGAUUAUGAUUGCUGAAAAGGCUUCUGAUAUUAUUAAAAGUACUAUUAGGUGUCAUUAACAUCGCUUUGCCAAUGAAAAGCAAAUCUUGUAAAUAUGAAGUAGUCAAAAUGUAAAGGAGACAUUUACCAUCUGAAUAAAAAUAUUUUUUUCUA